UUUCCUUUUUUUCUUCUCUUCUGUUUUUUUUUUUUUUUACUUUAAACACGAAAGUUAUAAACAAAAAAAAUGUCUUCUGGAGUAGCUGUUAACGACCAAUGUCUUGAAGUUUUUGAAGAACUCAAGCUCCGUAAGAAGUACAAGUACAUUAUUUUCAAGUUAUCUGAUGACAACAAGGAAAUUGUCAUUGAAAAGUCCUCAACAAAUGGCGAAUAUCAAGAAUUCUUGGACGAGCUUCCUCCUAGCGAACCUCGUUAUGCUGUUUUCGAUUUUGAGUUUGAAAAGGGCGCCGAGGGUAAGAGGAACAAGAUCACAUUCUAUACCUGGAUCCCUGAUACUUCUAAGAUCCGCCAAAAGAUGUUGUAUGCUUCUAGUAAAGAUGCUCUUCGUAGAAAGUUGGUCGGUAUUGCCGUUGAAAUCCAAGGAACGGAUGCUUCAGAGGUCGCUUAUGAAACUGUCUUAGAUAAGGCUAGUCGCACUUCUUAAAUGUUGCUUUUGUCCCAUUUAUUUACAUCAUCUCGUACCUAAUUUUAUAUACACAUUCUUACUUUUACUUGGCCAAAAAAAACCCAACAACAUAAAAGGCAAUAAAAGCAGGAUAGUACAAUCA